AGAAUAGAAUUUUCUUUUUCAUUUUCCAGAAAUCCAAAUAUAUUUUCCAUCUAUUCCGUAGGAAAAAAAUUGUAUCAUUCUCUUGAAAUAUCCUGAAGUGGUAAGCACCCUUUACAAGUUUCUAGCAAUUUCCACUGAAUAGCAGAUUCAUUUAGUUAUCCUUACUCUCUAAUUUAAAAAAAAAAGAAGCAAAUAUAGGAGAGGCAAAGUAAAAUAGUUCAGAAGCACAAUGGCAGAAGAAUUGGCGCUGGAUUUGGAGGAGCUAAGGCAACUUCAUAGCAGUGCAAAAAGGCCACGCAUUCUAUCUCUUAUUUCCUCUGAGAUUCGCAGCUUGGAAAAGUUGCAGGCAUCGAAAGAAGAUGGCAAUGCGGCGGCUCCUCCUCCCACUGCUUCACAAAUUCCUAUUCCGAUAUCAACCUCAGUUAAAGCUCCUAUUAACCCAGCAUUGAAUUAUGUUUCAGUCUCAUCGUUCAGCUGGGAUCAGGAUAUGGAUAAAGUCAAGAUAUAUGUCUUCCUAGAAGGAGUUGAGCAGGAAAAAAUUCAGACAGACUUCAAGCCUUUGUCAUUUGAUGUUAAAUUCCAUGAUGUCAAAGGAAAGAACUAUCGAUGUGCUGUUCCAAAAUUGAAUAAGGAAAUUGUACCAGAGAAGUGCAAAGUGGUAGUUAAGCCUACAAGAGUCAUCAUCUCACUGUUUAAAGCUUCUAAAGGGGAUUGGCCCGAUCUGUACUCCAAGGAAGAUAAGCUGAAACCUAAUUUGGAUAAAGAGCAAGAUCCCAUGGCUGGAAUCAUGGACUUAAUGAAGAAUAUGUAUGAGGAAGGGGAUGAUGAAAUGAAGAGAACAAUUGCGAAAGCGUGGACUGAUGCAAGAUCAGUCAAAGCAGAAGAUGCUCUGAAGAGUUAUCGAUGAAUCCAAUAUUGAAUCUUUACGGAUAUUUUAGUGCAAUGGCCUUUUUUUUAGAGCUUGUGUUUCUCUGUUUUCAUGUUGUAGGAGGGUUCUGUCUGGACAUUUUGUUCGUGCUAUGAAGUAUCGUUGCAAAUAUGUCAUCCAAUGUUUCAUGGUCAUGGACUUAUUGACAUUGUUAAUGGACAUGCUGAUAACACUUGCAUGUGAGUUUCCCGUUAAUAAUGAACUCACUGUCAGUAAAAUUUUAUGAGAAUCGGAAGAUGGGAAAUCUGGAAAAGUUGCAUCUAACCAUUUUGGCAGCAGUGUGCAGUCAUUGGAGUAGUUUGAGUGCCGUAGUCUGCAUUGAACUCCUCGUAGCGAUGAGCAUGAAGAUAAUCUGAUGGUCUUGCGUUAUAAAAGCAGUUUGUUCAAUGUCCCAACCUUGGGAAACUCUGCAAACUAAAAACUACGUUUCCAGUUCUUCAUUAUAUUAAUAUAACAAAUUUUAAGCGUACUAAAACAUGCAGUCAGUAAGGAAAUAAGAAAAUAUAAAGUAUAGGUUUUUUAUUUGGAGGAAAAUUUUA